GUUAAGAAGUAAACUAAUAAAGUCAUUUUUUAAAAUUUAUGAUUUAUCAUGGAUAUAAAGAAAAAAAAAAUAGACAAUUAAUAUGAAAAAGAAGAGUAUCUUAAUCAUAUUAGUAAUGCGAAGCGUUUGGAAGAGAAUGACUUGGACCCUACAUACGCUGAAAGUAAAAUUGUUCAAAGUUCACUGGAUAGCACAUAAGUGAAUAACAUGACCAAAUUAAGUUUAUAAUUAAGGCUAGCUACUUCAGUUUUGGCGCAUAAAUUCAAGAAUAUGUUCCCAAUAUUUACUGGUGAGAUUAACAGGUGUUAGAAUCGAAAUAAUUAAAUAUCAUGCAUAAGUUAAAAAAUCAAAUAAUAAAAAAGAGAUAUUAAUUUAACGUUUUCAAUCAAUUGACCUCUAUUCUCAAACUGAAAUACACAAUAUAUUUUAUAAAAGAGAUUUAAAAUAUCAAUUAGAAAUAACCUCACAAAAUUUAAUUAAAAAAACAAACAAACACAAGUGACAUGACAAUACGUAUGGAUCACUACUUCUCUAGCUAAAUAAGUGAGAAGGAAGGAGCCUCAAUUUACCCGACUCAAAACCCUUUCCCUUUUACGGAAAACUUAGAUGUAAUUAAAGGUAACUAAACAUUCUAAAUUUACACAUUAGCCUAAUUUUUUUCUAAAUUAAUAGUAAUACCUAUAGUUAUUUUUUAAUACUAAAAUGUAUAUAUAUAUAUAACUUGUUAUUAAACGAGUAUUUCAGUUAUUUUAGGUCGAACGUCUGCACACAAACUCGACGAUAUUAACGGUUAAUCAAUUGUUUCUUACUUCAAGUCUCAUGUGGUCCUUGCUUCUCUGGCUCUUUUGCACCUUCAUCAACUCAAACAUGCGAAAAUUAUAUAGUAAUUUUACGUAACAAAAAAAAAAAUCAAAAAUCAACCAAAGAAGUAAAUUUUUCUUUAGUUAACAAAUGAAAAAUCCCGAAAUUUACUUGGAAAAUAAUUUCAUAAGGGGGACGAAUAUAGUAAUUUUGAAGAAAUAACAUGGACAUUUUUCGUGUUAUGUGUCUUGUUUGCAUCGUCUUGUUGAUGAUUUACCCCGUGAAAAUAAUAUCAGUUUCUGAUACUGAUGCUUUGUUGAAGCUGAAACAAUCAUUUACAAAUGCAGCUUCAUUGGAAUCAUGGAAACCUGGAACGGAUCCGUGUGAUAAAAAUAUACGUUGGUUGGGUGUUUUUUGUCAGAAAAAAAUAGUUACUGGACUUCUUCUUGCAGAAACGAAUUUAUCUGGAAUUAUAGACGUUGAGGCAUUAUCACAAAUGCCUGGUCUGCGUACACUUAGUUUUCAGAGCAAUUUAUUUUCUGGACCAAUGCCGGAAUUCAAUCGAAUGGGUGCUUUAAAAGGUCUUUAUUUGUCGGAAAAUCAAUUUUCUGGUGAAAUUCCUUCAAAUUACUUCGCAAAAAUGUUGUCCUUGAAGAAGUUAUGGCUCUCUGACAACAAAUUUUCCGGUGAAAUUCCGGCGUCAUUAAUGGAGCUGCAAUAUCUCAUUGAAUUGCACCUGGAGAACAAUCAGUUCACAGGUCCAAUACCCCCAAUGUCGAAGCAGUCAACGUUAGAAUCAAUCGAUUUUUCUAAUAAUAACUUGAAAGGGGAAAUCCCUGUUUCAUUAUCAAGAUUCAAUGAGAGUUCGUUUAAGGGGAAUUCCGAGCUUUGUGGGGAGAAAUUAGGCAAACCUUGUGAUCAAGCCACAAAUAGCGACAACACUAAUAAUAAUGGCACUCAACAAAGUCCGGAUAGUAAUUCUAAUAAAAGCAUCUCAAUGUGGAUUGUGAUAUCAUUAGUUGUUCUGUUAUUGAUCGUGAUCAUAGUAAUAUACCUCAUAUGUCGCUACCAACAAAGUCGUCGUGCAUCCAUUGAAAGUUUUGAUGAGCCAUCACUUGGGAGGCGAAUUUCAAGUGAUAGCAAGAAGUCAUUUGAACUAAGUAGACGUGGAAGUUCGAUUAGAAAAGGGUCGAUAAUGGGAAAACGUGUAGGAGAUUUGACAAUGGUGAAUGAUGAUAAAGGUGAGUUUGGUUUAGCAGAUUUGAUGAAAGCUGCUGCAGAGGUGUUAGGGAAUGGGCCAUUGGGUUCUUCUUAUAAGGCUAUGAUGUCAAAUGGAUUGACAGUUGUGGUAAAGAGGAUCAAAGAAAUGAACAAGAUCGGAAAAGAGGGUUUCGAUGCAGAGGUUAAACGUUUAGGAAGUUUGAGACAUAAAAAUAUUCUAACACUUUUGGCUUACCAUCAUCGCAAGGAAGAAAAGUUGUUUGUAUAUGAGUACAUUCCUAAAGGAAGUUUGCUGUACGUAUUGCACGGUGAAAGAGGGCUGCCCCAUGCUGAGCUCACCUGGCCAGUGCGUCUAAAAAUUAUACAAGGAGUAGCUCAAGGACUAAAUUAUCUUCACACUGAACUUGCUUCUUCUGAUUUGCCCCACGGCGACUUGAAAUCUAGCAAUAUACUCAUAAACACAAACCACGAGCCAAUACUCACUGGUUACGGAUUCUGCACCUUAAUGAACAACGCGCAUGCAGUUCAAGCAUUGAUCGCGUUCAAGUCACCAGAAGCAGUACAAAAUAACCAGGUUACACCCAAGUGUGACGUUUAUUGCCUUGGAAUUGUGAUUCUUGAGAUAAUAACAGGGAAGUACCCGUCUAUAUAUCUUAAUGCCGGUAAAGGAGGGAUAGACAUAGCACAAUGGGCGAAAUCCGCGAUUGCUGAGGGAAGAGAAGCUGAAUUAUGUGAUCCAGAUAUAACAGCAAGCGCGAAAGAUUCAAUGAGUUCAAUUAAGGAACUAAUUCACAUUAGUGCAGCAUGUGUAGAGAGUAAUCCACAACAGAGGAUAAGUAUUAGAGAAGUCAUUAGGAGGAUUGAAGAAAUACAACAACAAAACGGAGUAGGACGAACAACAACGUCUCAGUCUCAAACGGGACAAGCAAUUGAGGUAAUGCCGUCUCCAAGAGAUGGAGAUGCUGAAAUACAAGUUUCAGAAUCCCAACAAGGAAUAACAAAUCAUUAGGAAUUUUAGCAGACUCCGGUAAUUCAAGACGUGGUUAAUAUUGCAGCUUCUCCUAUAAUCAUCAGACUAAUGAUUAGUGUUUUUUUUCUCUUCAUUUUUAAAGGUUCGUUAACUAGGGAUAGUACAUAUAUUACUGACUAAGUUUUAGUUUUAUUUUUGUGUAUUUUUCCCCUUCUUUUAGAUGCCCCCAUUAUCUCCCCUUGUAGAACAAGAAAUGAGAGGAGAAGCUGUAUCCUGUGUAGAGAUGAAACAGUUUCCUGUUUCUACCAUGUUGAUUACUAACUGAUCUUGUAGAACCAAAAUUCUUAGCAUACUUCGACUAAUUCCAAGGGAUACUGUCAUUUCCGAUCACUAACAUGUA